UUGGCCCAUCCCACGAUGGAACAAUUAAGCCUAUUUUCGAAGAACGACUCCUGCAAAUGGGAGUUUGGCUGAGAGUCAACGGCGAAGCAAUUUAUCAUUCCAAACCAUGGUUGCAUCAAAACGACACGGAGGUGUCAGAUGUUUGGUACACGAAAAGAACUUUCGAAGAUGGUUCCGAUAAAGUGUACGCCAUUCUUCUUGACUGGCCAGCAACCGGGACGCUGGUGCUGGGAGCGCCAAAAUUUUGCACGAAUACAAUCGUGAAUCUGCUCGGGUGGCCACAACCGAUCACG